UCUCUGACAUCCUGGCUCCUGGGUGGGUUUUGCAGCAGGACUCAGCAGCAGCCUCUUUCCCCACCCCUGAGCUGUGACCUACAGUUCAGCCUCAGGUGUCACCUUCUGCUUUCCACCUCCCAGCCUUCAAGGAAGCUCACAGAGCAGGAGGGCAGGUGAGCUCUCAUCACUGGUUUUGUUCUCUCUCCUUCUUCCUUCUCCCAGGUCUGGAUCCCUCACACUGUUGGGGAAGGUGAGCUGCUGCCAUGGGGGUUAAAGCAGCACUCCCCAGCUACGAGCUGGGGUUCUAUGCUCUCGUGGUGACGUGUGCUGUGGUCUACAGUGGCAGUGGGAUCUUCGAAGCAUCCAGAGACAGCAUGAACAGGAAGGCUUUCCGGGACGGCAUCAAGCCAGGCUGGCACUACUUCGGCAGGAAGAUGGAUGUGGCUGAUUUUGAGUGGGUGAUGUGGUUCACCUCGUUCAGAAACGUCAUCAUCUUCGCCCUCUCGGGACACGUCCUCUUUGGCAAGCUCUGCUCCAUGACCCUGCCACAGCACCGGGCUGUGAUGUACAUGCUGUAUGGGAUCUCGGCUGUGCUGGGCAGCAUGGGCCUUGUCUACCUGAUGAUCAUCCUCUCCCACUGCCUUGUCCUCUACUCUGUUGCUCUGGCCAAACAGAAGUGGCUCUGCUACGUGGCUGGACUCUGCUGUCUCGCCUCCUUCAAGGUGGAGCCAUUCAGCUCAUGGCAGAGUGGGUUUGUAACAGGAGCUUUUGAUCUUCAAGAUGUCCUCUUCUACGGAGGAAGCUGCUUCACUAUCAUGCGCUGCAUGAGCUUUGCACUCGAGAGCUCUGAGAGGGAAGAGGGCAUCUACUCCAUCUUUGACCUCCUCAAGUACAACUUCUACCUCCCAUUCUUCUUCUUCGGGCCUGUCAUGACAUUUGACCAGUUCCAUGCCCAGGUGAGCACCACAGAGCUAAGACGCAGGGAUGAUGAGCUGAAGAGCAUCCGGGUCCAUGCCCUUCUCCACGUGGGGGCCAUCAUUGCUGUGGACAUCUUCUUCCACUUCUUCUACAUCCUCACCCUCCCCUCCGACGUGAAGUUCAUGAACCGCCUCUCAGACUGGUCCCUGGCUGGCUUGGCCUACUCCAAUUUGGUGUAUGACUGGGUGAAAGCUGCUGUCAUGUUUGGUGUCAUCAACACCAUUGCCAGACUGGACCACUUGGACCCCCCCCAGCCCCCCAAAUGCAUCACCAUGCUCUAUGUCUUUGCAGAAACGCACUUUGACAGAGGGAUUAACGACUGGCUGUGCAAGUAUGUGUAUGAUCACAUUGGAGAGAACCAUGACAGCAUCAUAAAGGAGCUGGGCGCCAGCGUUGCCACCUUUGCCAUCACCACCCUGUGGCUGGGGCCCUGUGAGAUUGUUUACAUCUGGUCUGUCAUCAACUGCUUUGGCCUCAACUUCGAGCUCUGGGUGCAGAAGUUCUUCCAGCAGAGGUUCUUUGCCAAACUGGAGGCUAAGCUCCCAGAGGGCAUGUCUCGGCGGGUUAGGGCAGCUUUUGGGGCAGUGAAUUUCUGGGCCAUCGUCCUCUACAACAUCCCAGCCCUCAACAGCCUGGAGUUUGCUCUGCUGGUGACCAAGAGACUCCUCCUGACAGGCUUCCCUGUCAGCACCUUGUCCAUCUGGUUCAUCACAUACUGUGGAGUGCAGCUGAUCAAGGAGCGUGAGCGUGUCCUGGCCAUCGAGGAGGAGAGGAUUGACAAAGCAAAGGUGGAGUAGAGGAAGGCAUCAGCAGGCUUGUCCCAUAGCCUCAGCUCCCUUCCAGCCACUGCUGCCAGGCCAGCCACUGCUCCAGGGCUCUCCAAGCACUCCUGACAAUCAGACUGCUGUAGCUCACCCAUGUAGAAGUCACCUGGGAAGCAAAGGUCGCUCUCUUGCUGCAGGAAAGAUUCUUCUCUGAGACACAGCAGGCUUUCCACAGGCUCCCCUUGCAUGACAGACUGCUGAGGCAGGCUUCCAGGAUGCUUCUUUAAUGCCAGAAAGAACCAUCCCCAUCAUUUUUCUGAUCCUUGGACACCAUGCAGGCCUGGAGAGUUUUCUCCCUGCUUCCUGUAACACUUGGUCCACCAACACUUGGCUCUCGUGCAGGACCUGUAGCCCGUGUCUCCCAGGGGAGACUCU